UCAUUUUUUUUUAGUAAUGCCCAUGUUGAGGGUUAGGCCCCAAAAAAAUGUAAAUUUGGAAACCAUAUUGGAUUUCCAUGUGAAUGGUCUGGCAAGGUUUGUAUUUGGGUUGGCGGCGAUAAAUUGUUGUGCAUAUAAAUUGCUUUGAUCCACAAUCAAUGUAUACUUCCGUGAAAAACAGCUCCAAAAAAAUCAAGGGUAGUUAAAUUUGCUGUUUCCACCUGAACUUCGGGUUGGGCAGUGAAUGGGGGGAAUUUGUGGGCUGCCAAUCGGGAUUUGCAAGUAUUGUCCUGCAAGCACAUUCGGAAGGAUACUAGGAGCUCUACAGGCCUGUGUGCGAAUUCUUGGUGGUUGCAGGACAAUACUUGUGCUCGCCACCGCACCAGCUUAUACUACACUUAUUGGACUCGCCACUUCACCAAGUCAUACUGCAGUGCUGGUAUGUGAAAGACCAGGAUGUAUU